UCACAGUUAAAGCCUAAGCGUCUUAGAGUAACAAAGUCUCCGUUGUGACCACACCAUCGAAGUUUGCUUUAUCAACUCGACAAGUCCCGUAAUCGUGUUGUGCCCAGGAAUUACAAGCAACAAGAUUGUAGCGUGUGUCCGAACCAUUCAGUUUCAAUCGUUAAAACUCAUUUUUUAAUUCAUAUCUCAUCCACUAACUAAAACAAACAUGAUCAAGUUUAUUGUAUUGUGUUCGUUUGUUAUUGUUGCGAGCACGUUGGAAAUUCACGAUUUGGGUCAUUAUGGUGGUCAUGAGCAACAUGAACAUGUGGAAUACGUUCAUCACGAAUCCGCCCCCCAACAUGAGGAAACCGAUGUUCAUCAUCAUGUCGAACACAAACACGCCACAUCCCAUCAAAGUGUUAAAUUCCAUCACUAUCACCCUGUGCCAGUUUACAUUAAAAAGGACGAUCAGCAUUUAGUUAAAAAGCCAGUGGAAAUCGGCGGCACUAAGCAAAAAUUGAAACAAAUUCAUCCCGAAACUGAGAAGAAUUACAAUCACGGCGCCGUGUUAGAAGAACACAGCGAAUCUAAAUUCCAUCAUUAUGGAGAGCCUCAUUACGAACACUAUCAUCAUCAUCACGAAUAAAGGCUCAAAACUAAACUGUAAACCUUCGGAGAGAAAAGCGCCUCUGUGUGAUGUUCCUUUGCCGUUGCCUUUGCCUUCGCCUUUGCCGUACAAAAGAGGAAAAGGCAAUGCCAGCAAUAACCACUAUUUUAACAAUUAUCGAAAAGUUUCUCUUGGAUUUCUUUCACAUUCCCUUAACAAUCCAUCAUUUGGCAUAAAAGUAAUGUUGUUGCUCUUCCCUUUAAGAUUGAUUCAUCUGCGUAAUAAAUUAAUAGAAACGAAAAUGAAUUUCACGCCUUUUAACUGAACUUUUCAAAUGAAAGUUUCCUUCGAAUUGCGUCAAGACUCUUAAAAAGCUUUCAUUUCAUUUGUCAUGCACUGAUUUUCUUGUCUAGCUUGCCUAGCGAAGGGGCAGGAUACCGCUGCAAGCGAUUAUCAACUGGCUGGUAGGCAGGGGAGGAGCUUUUCACAAGUGCCAAGAACAUUAUGUGAAACAGGGGCAGAGAGUGAAAAUGCUAAAGAACCUGCCCAUACUCAAAUCUAUCCCAAUUCCAAUGUAAAAAACUAGUACUAGGGAAAGCAAAAACAAAAAAAAAAAA